AUGAUCACUCUGCCAAGCUCUUAUGCCCACAUCGCCAGUUACGCAGAUGAUCUGUUUGACUUCAUUGAUACGCCUUUGUUCCGCCAGAUCACAGGCGACAUCCACGUCAAUGACGCGUUAAUCCUUAACGCAUGGGAGACUUUACCUUCGGAGUGGACGACUUGGUGGACCUUAAUUCCAGAUCAUCGCCUUGCACAGCAAGACUUGAUUGAUAGCAUCGAAGAACCGACCAACAUCUCAUCCACCACAGGCGAUUCCGAAGAUGACAGAAAAAUCCAAUAUCUGCGAAACCGGCCAGAGUCGCUGACCAAAUGGUUGGAAACCCUUCAAGCACUUUCUCUUCCCCGUGUUCAACGUCUAGGUCAAACGAUUAUCCUUCCAGACGUUCUGGCGGAUCGUAUGAAAACGAAAAAGAUAGCGGAAGUCUCCACCGCUACCGCUUAUAUUCAGAACGUUUGCCAGGCGAACAAUAUUACCCACGUCAUCGACAUGGGAUCUGGACAAGGCUACCUCUCUGUAGCUCUUGCUUUCCUCUAUCCAAAUCUUCGGGUCCUGGCCAUCGAUGGCAGCGAGUCUCAGAUUGCCGCCUCAAAAGCGUGUGCCGCCAGCCUCGGAAUCCCGGAGUGCAGAAUCCAACAUAUGCAGCGCUACAUCGACGGGACGGCGCCUCUAGCAGCUGAGAUGGCCGCCUGGGCUGGAGGGAACGAGUGCAUGCUCGUCGGUCUACACGCCUGCGGGAGUCUGUCCGAACACAUGCUGAGAUACUUCACCACGGUGCCAUUUAUCACUCGUCUGGGCGCAGUCGGUUGUUGUUAUAACCAUAUCGCCCCACGCUCUGCAGCCAGCCCGGAUGGGUUUCCCGUCAGUGAGAAUUUGAGGAAAAGAGGUGUUGUGUUGAGCGCCACGGCGCUGAUGACGGGCUGCCAGGCGCCAAACAAUUGGGAGAGGGCAGACUUGAGUAAAGAGGAGUCUGAGUAUUCAAGGCGACGCUUUUAUCGAGCGCUUAUGGAGAAGGUCUUUUUCGACAAAGGCAUUGAGCUCGAUAGGGAGAACAGGCCAGUCUGGGGCGUGCGAAAGGGUGAUACGGCCAGCUUUACAAGGUUUGCACGGAGGGCCGUAGAGUUUCUCGGUGUUGACGGUAGCGGGAUUAGCGACGAAGAUCUUGCGUCUUAUGAAAAUCGGUACCGGAACUACAGCGGCAAGAUAGCGAUUUUGUGGACGCUCAGUGUGCUGUGCUGUAAGGUUGUCGAGAGCGUAAUUGCUCUUGAUCGAUAUUUGUUUCUUACUGAGAACGGAGGGGAGAAUGUAGACGUUCUGCCGAUUUUUGACUACAAAAUCUCGCCAAGAAAUCUAAUGCUUGUAGCCAAUAAGGGUGCUACGCAAGGCAACGCAUCAACUACUGUCUAG